UUGUUUUCAAUACCAAUCGUCCCGCUUCUCUCUACUCUCCAUUUCUCUCUGAUUGAUUCACGACUUUUUCCGUCAGUCAAGAUCCCCGAUUCACGUCUAGUUUUUGCUACCGUUGUCCGGCAUGUCGAAAAGUUUUCUACGUUUCUUUUUACCCCCUCUUACUAGUUGCCCUUAGUUUCCUUCCGAGCUAGUGAUUCUCAUGUAUGUGGAUGGACUUAGUAUACACUCGUGACCUUUACGGCCGAUCUGGAUGGAAAGAUGCUAUGUUAUUCUUAACGAUGGUUUCUUUUUCUUCCGCGUUUCUCGGCUUUGUUGUGUCCAGUGAUUCCCCCCUUUCGUUGUCUUGUUCGGGAUCGGGGGAUGGCGUGCGGAGUCCUGUUCUUCUUGUUCUUCUAACGGAGCCAUGUCCCUGCCUAGUUGACGAGACAGCCAUGCGAAUAAGAUUACGACUCAGCGACCUGCAGAGGUGCUUUCCGGAGCCCAAGAACGGUAGUCUGUCUAUCUUACCAGCCAGGCUUAUAAAAGAGAAACAAAAAAAAAACGACUAUCCUUCCCGUUUGCUCCCUCUCCCUCUUCCAAUCCGUGACACUGGUAGUCAUGUAUGGUACUUACGCAGGGGAUCCCGCUGAGAUUUCAUUGUAUUUUCGUCGUGUCUUGAUUAGCUCUUUCUUUCGGUUAAACUGGGGUGAUAGAAUGAGCAGUACAGUUUU